AUGGAAUUUAAAAGUUUCUUUUUCCUUUUAUUGCUACAGCCUGGUGAAAGUCAUCGCAUCCCGCCAAAACCAUAUUCAUCGAAAAAUCUACAGCGUCCCUAUUACUACUACCAUCAAGAUCCACGAGUAUACCCAAUAUAUGGUCGAGUUCCACAUUCUUCCUAUAUUUUACAUAGACAUCCAGUUCAAACUCCUCAAAUUUCUCCAAGUCAACAACAUACACGAUAUAACAUAUGCCCUCCAGGAACUUCUAUAAGGAUGAAUCCUCGCCGUCGACCUAUGUUUAUAUGCUAUCCUAAUAAACAGUUAAUCCCUGACAAAACAAAACCAAAUCAAACCACACCAGCACCGACCACAAAUGCAACCACACCAGCACCAACCACAAAUGCAACCACACCAGCACCAACCACAAAUGCAACCACACCAGCACCAACCACAAAUGCAACCACACCAGCACCAACCACAAAUGCAACCACACCAGCACCGACCACAAAUGCAACCACACCAGCACCGACCACAAAUGCAACCACACCAGCACCGACCACAAAUGCAACCACACCAGCACCGACCACAAAUGCAACCACACCAGUACCGACCACAAAUGCAACUAACUCUGCUAAUAGUACUUCCACUACUACACCUAGUACAACCAUCCAAACUACAACUCCAACUUUUUGGCAACAGCUUUUGCAACUCUUCCAGAGUUUUAUUGGUUAA